GUCACAUGGUUUGUGUUUGCAGUGACUUCAGAGCACUGGACUAACUUCUGUUACACACAGUUAUGAUGAAAGUGUUUUAUUCUUCCUUUGUGAAAUACUGAAACUACAGAGGAACUUUUAAUCGAAAAGUGGCAGUGAAACAAUGGAAAUACCAGCCAUAAGUCUCAAGACAAUCGUGUUGGUUCACUGGAUACUGACAGUCUGGGCAUGCUCAUUUCCCUGGCUUCCUACUUCUUAUGUGUUGGGGAAUGUGAGCGUUCUUGCAGUGGGAGUGUGGGCCAUAGCACAGAGAGACUCCAUAGAUGCUGUAUUAUUGUUCUUGAUCGGGUUGGCAGUGACCAUCUUGACUGACAUUGUUCAUUUUGGUCUUUACUAUUUGACGAAUGCAAACCCGCCGGACUUGUUCCGUUUUAGUGCAGGCAUGGCCAUCCUGAGCCUGUUGCUCAAACCGGUUUCCUGUUUCUUCGUCUACCAGAUGUACCGCGAGCGGGGUGGCGAAUACAACAUCAACUUUGGUGUCCCAACAAUAGCUCGAAACAGAGAUGCCUACCAGUCCAUUGACCAUCAGGAUCAGUCUGUUAGCUCUGCCUGCACCCCAGGCCAAGCAGAAGAUGGCAAAAAUGGGCCACGUUCCUACUAAAUAAUGACCAAACACAAAAUAUAACCAACUAGCUUUCUUUGUUGUCAAGGUCAUGAUAUGGAUUUUUUGUUUCAUAAUUAUUUUGUAGGUCAUGAAUAUAGCCUACAGUUACACGCUCCAAAAGAUUAAGAUUUUGAGCGAACUAUUCAAAAGUUUUACAUUUGGUUCUGCUGAGGAUGUUUAGAUGUUGUGGUCUGAUCAUUUAGAGAUCCAUGAAACAUCCUAGAAUUUUUCUACCCGUGGUCCAUGUUUUACUUGUAGCAUGUUAUCUCUUUGUGCAAGAUGUUAGCUGUUUCCAAAGUAUUAUAGUCUCCUGAAGCUGUGAUUUUGGGGUGUGUUUAGAAGCUGUCCUGCUAAGUGUCCAUCUGUCACUGUUGGCAAGUUGCAAAUUGCAAUCACUUCAAGUCCAAGUUAGUUAUGCUCAACAUAUAAUAGUGUGUUUUUCUAUGUAUUUAUCUUCAAUUUUUUGCAGCAGGACUCCAACAUGUGAUAAUUUUGUGAAUCCUUCAAAGAUUCAAAAGAUUCUUGUUUUAGCUAUGCAAUCGGUUCUGUUUUUAUGUAGUUCAGUUUAUUAGAUUGGUCAUGCACACUGGAUUAUUAAUUUGAUAAGCAUGGUAAUGCUAAAGUUGGACAUCUGCAAUUGGGAUUUCCUAUCAAAUUUUCCUGUGUGACUUUUGGGAUGACAGAAAUGUAUUUAGAUACAAAUAACUAUGUGGUGCACUUGCCAAACAUUGAGAUUUGUAGAAUAUUCUGAUACCAGUAGCCUAUACUGUAUGUACACUCAACAGAUUUGUAACAUAAUUAAUCAACCUUUUAUGUAUGUUUAUGUAUUAUGGCACAGUGAUUUCUUUGGAAAAUCAAGAUUAGCAUA